GUGUUGUCACAUUUCCGAUUGCUACCUUUGACAAACUACCAGAUACCCGUUUAUCGUGAAAUACUCAAAUAUCGCUUUCCUUUAACUACAAUGCCUUUGUAACGCUGUACCUAGCUAGAAAAAUGAGUGAUAAACCCCAUUCCCUUGGUCGUGGAAUUUCCUCGAAAGACUACACGUCACCUUUGAGGAAACCGGGAGAACCUAGCCAAAAUCAAGAUGGCGGCAAAGAGCCCAUUGGCAUUGAAAACGAUUCUAUUCCAACAAAAGGAACUUCUUCAAAGCUCAAUGUCAAUGCUGCAGAAUUUGUGCCAGAAAUGUUUAAGGCCCCUCAGUAUGUGCCAACAUCACAGGCCAUGCCCCCUCCCCAGACGGAACAGGCCACGCCCUCUCCCCAGACAACUGGACCAGACCUUGAGGCAGUAACCUUCGUUAAGGAUAUAUUGGACCAGCUGACAGAAAGUCCUGGAGAGUUUGAAAACUUGGUAGAAGAUUUGGUGCUAGCAUGGAAGGCAAGGGUUAACAAUGAUGAAACUCUGAAUGAAAUAGCGAGUGUUAUUAUGGAACAGUCCAUUUUAGAAUCCAAUUUUACCUACACAGGAGCGAGACUUUGUGAUUUUAUUGCGAAUAAUACAGAUGACAUCCCAACUGAAGGAAAGCAGUUCAGAAGUGUUUUUUUGACAAGAUGCAAAGAAGAACAUCGAAAAAGAGAGGCAAUGCUAAAGAGCCCUUCAACAGUUCCAAGAGUACAUGGCUUGGCCAUGUUUUUAGCAGAGCUUUAUAGCACAUUUAGGGUUGAUGGUGCUUCAGGUUCCAAAGCACAGUUUGGUCCAUUGGGUCGAGCAUUACUAGAGAUGCUUGAUUCACUAAUUGAAAGUGGGACGGAUGACUCUUUGCUUUACGCUGGGCGGAUACUUAAGCUGACCGGCUAUCUUCUUGAUGACCCUAAAGAUAACCAGAGUAGGGUUGAUGGUAUCUUCGAGAAAAUUGGAACGCUGCUAGAAUCAUCAUCACAUGUGGGAGAUUCCAUAAAAAGAUUCCUUUCAUCUGUGGUAAGCCUCAGAAAGAAUAAUUGGGGGCGGGAGAGCUUUGCAGAACGGGGAGCUGAAGCAGCAGCAGUUUCCGUGGCAACAUCAGUCUUGUCUCCAGAGGCAGCGCCUUAUGUUCCAGGGAUUCAAAAUUACCACUACUAUAAUAAGGAAUACUACCAACCAGGGUUUAUCUCAAAUAACGAGGAUGACAUUACUCCAGUUACAAACCCCGAGCAAUGGCUUGAGUAUGCCGACUAUGCCGAUGACAGUAGUCCCACUGAUUUGUCAUGUCAGGUCUACGAAGAUAACGGCCAUGGCUACCCAGAAGAAGAUGACUGUGCUUUCACGGAGGAGAUGGAGAAGGAUUACGAGCUGUUCAUGUCCGAACAGCAGCCUCCGCUCCCGUUCAGCUAAAUUUCUAUCUCCGCACAUCCCACAUGGAAUAUAUAUUAUAACAACGACAUUAGGCAAACAGCUGGGCUGAUUUCUACCCAAGACUAGGGCCUACCCCGUGUCGAUGCGGAAACAAAAAAAAAAAAAAAACAAAGUAAUAUGAUUUGAAGCCCAUGGAUAAUAAAACGUUAUAACUAUUACUACAUAGCUUGCGUAGUGUGCCUGAGAGGGAAAAAAGAGAGAUGAACUUGGAGAAAGAGUAUGCCUUACGUAGUAUAUAAGUAGAGUAACGCUAGUCUCGUCCCCACUACGGCUACGUCAGAAAAAGAGGGCCGCGCAGCCUAAAGGCACCUGGGGUCGAGGCUAGAAAAAGGGAAUAAAGCUUGUCUCCUUCUCAUUCCACUUUGCGCGCGGCAAACUUGGUGCGCAAGUUUGUUGGUAAAACGUCUUGGUAAAAGGUUGACGUGUUUUUUUUUUUUUAAGUGUUUUGUAAAUAUAUUUUUGUAAAUGUUUUCUCCUAAUCUUUUUUUUUAUCUACAAGAUCACUAUUUGUACUACAUUUCUGCAAACACAUUUUGCUGCAAACAAUUUUUCCAAUUACAUUGCCAUUGUGAAUCCAGAUGGUCUAGAUCAGGAUCAACCCAACUGUUGCCUCGUGUCUUUGAGGUUGUGUUAAUAAUCUAAUAAACAUGCACUGUUUGA